GGACUGGAGGCCAGACUCUCAGUUGUCUAUACAUCUAGAGAGCCUGGCCACCUGUCCCAGCAGCUUUUAACCUGAACUGUGCCCACUUACAGGAGAGUCGAGGGUGUGGGCAGAUUCUAGGUUUGCAGGUAUGACACUAAGGCAAGAGGUGGUGGAUCCCUAUCCUGGAACAGCCCAGGGAUCUAGGGCUGGGUGAAGCUUCCUGUCCUGUCUAAUCUUCUCAGCCCACUGCUUGUCUUCCCCCAAUUGUGACCUCAUGUUAUUCCAGAAUGUGCUCCUUCCUGGACCCCUUUUUCUUCUGGACCCUGAUCUGUAAGGGGGCUGGGGGCCACAAGUGGGGAAGGAAUGCACAAAGCUGGCAGUAGAGAAAGACACUAGACUUAGGCAGCCAGGAAUGGAUGCCAGCCCAGCCAAGUGGGACCUUUGGCCAUGGCCGGCCUGACCCAGCAGCCUCUGCCCCUUGGAGACCACCAGAUUGAGAGGAAGAGAAACCAAAGACUGGAAGAUAAGAAGGUCUGAGCUGCAGAAUAGGUGACAAGCAGAAGGCAGAAGGGACUCAGAAUUGGGGAAGGUGCCCUUCCCCCGGCCUUGGGGACAGCUGUCAGGGUGGGAGAAAGGUCCCAGGCCUCAGGCCAUGCCUGUCAGACCAGACAUAAGGGAUGCCAUGGCCUCUCUCCCGCCCCCCGCCCUCCCAACCACCUUCCUCACAAUGGGGUUCAUUGCUGAGGUGGGAGGGGCCUCCUAGGGAGGGCACAGCAGGGGGCCUGCCUGGCAGACACCCUCGGGGAGCCUGUCUUUUCAAGCAUGAGCCAUACCGUCUGGGCUCCCCCACUUCCAGUGUGCUCUUAGCUCUGCCUGCCUGGCGUGGGGUCCUGGAGACUUUCUUGGAGCUCAUCCAGCAACCAUCAUGCAGGGUGGUGCUGGGAACCGCCCUCUUCCUGGGAGGUGGAGGCCUCAUGCUGUGGAUGCAGAGGAAGAGGAGAAGGAAGGCAGCUUCUGAGGGUGCACAAGAUGAGCAAGAGCCACCAGAAAGCCACGAAGAAAAGAACGAGAACUGGAUCAAAUCGCACUUUAGCCGUCUUUCCGAAGAGAAGCUGCCCGCCGGAGGAACAGCCGGGACCAGCAGCACGGCCGGGGGCAACUGCGGCAUCACGGGGGCUCCCCAGCCUGACGGUGGCAUCGGAGAGGCCAGCACGACAAUCCCCGGGGAGACCUUCACCACCAGGCAGGGAGAAGAGGGCGCGGCUCUUCACCGGGAGUCCUUCACCAGCAAGCAGAGGAUGUCUGGGACCUUGGUGACCAAAGAAACCCCCAAGGAGUCUGAAAAAUCCUCGGCCACGGAGGAGGCCACGUGGGCCGCCGUGGCUGCCUGUACCAAGGACAUUGACGCCAAGGGACAGCAGCUGGCCAACUCCAUGCUGCAGCGUGCCACGGCGUGCCAGAACUCAGGCCACCUGGAGUCCAAGGAUAUCAACCAGGAAGAGCUGAAGGCGCUUGAGGAGGUGCAGUUAAAGCUGAAAGGCAAUUUCUUCACCCAGCGGGAAGCCACCAUAGCUGGCGCCAACCACACGCACACCUUCCAUAGUCACCAGGGCCACCAGGGUCAUCCAAGCCACCCGAGCCACCAGUGCCACAGCCUGCCCAAACGCAGCCAUCAGACCACCUAACCACGGAUGGACAUGCCCCUUCCCCCAACAAGGCUGGCACACACAGGCCUGUUUUCUCUCCGAUGUGGCAGCCUAGGUGGCCCAGACUAAGAUGCUGCCGCCCAAAUCCCCUCUUCGUCAGGCCCCCACAGGGGUCCUGGGCCCUUUUGACUCCUUGAGCAAGGGCUGCCACUGAUGUCCCCUGAUGAAGGAAGAGCUGGGUGGAAGCCAAGCAGACGCACAGGCCCCUGAAGACCCACUGAGAGGCAAUGAAAGAGGCCGAUACCAGGAGCAGCCAAGAGCACCUGAUGCCAAACGCCUGGACCUGAGCCAAUAAAGCCUUGAACACCCUCACUUAGAGUCUGGGGCUCUGAGGCCAGCCUCAGGUGCGGGCAGGCCAGUGGGGAGAGGGUUCCUCCUGCCACGGCCUCUGGGUGGGCUCCGUAAAAUUGAUUCCCGGGUCUCAGGUUCUGGGGAGUCUCCAGGGGGCUCAACACCCACUGCCCUGCUGUUGCCAGAGAGAGAGAAGCAGCAGCCGGGAGCUGGGAGGAGAGACAGGAUUUCAGAGGCAAGGAAGUAAAUAGGGGUGGGAGGUGGACCCACUGUUCUCUUGGUACCACCCUCACCCUGUAUACCCCUUCUCACUCUGUGCUGUUUUCCUGCCCCCCUCGCACCCGUGUUCGUGCCUCCCCACUAUCCACCUAUAGAGUGACUGUGUUGCAUGCUCCCUCGUUUUUGUGUUAC